CGGGCAGGGGACGGAAGUUGCACCGUAAAUCCAGCCGCUUUCAGUUUUGCUUCUCUUUUAGGUGCCCAGCAGGAGCCGCGGCGGCGUCCGGAGCCGGGGAAGCCCCUGCGCGGCCGAGGGUCCAAGGUCAGCUCUGCCUGGCUUCCACACGUUUACGUUUGCCCAAUGUCCUUAAAGAACAGAGGAAGACUGCCGGAAGACCGCGGUCCCUAGCUGGAGAGCUGGUAGCCAGCGCUUUUAGGAAGCUUCGGGAAACUGCAAGCUUCCAGCCUUUCAGCAUGGUUUCCCAGGGCACCUCGCCAUCCUUGCUGGAGACCUUGAGCAGUGACUUCCUAGCCUGUAAAAUCUGCCUGGAACAGCUGCGCGCGCCCAAGACGCUGCCGUGCCUGCACACCUACUGCCAGGACUGCCUGUCCCAGCUGGCCGACCGUGGCCAGGUGCGCUGUCCGGAGUGCCGGGAGGUCGUCCCCAUACCGCCAGGGGGUGUCACCGCCUUCAAGACCAACUUCUUUGUCAACGGGCUCCUGGACCUCGUGAAGGCCCGGGGCUGUGGAGAGCUGCGUGCGGGAAAGCCGGCCUGCACCCUGUGUCCCCUGGUGGGUGGCAACAGCGGCUCCGGGGGACCUGCCACGGCCCGCUGCCUGGAUUGCGCUGAUGACCUGUGCCAGGCCUGUGCCGACGGGCAUCGCUGCUCACGCCAGACCCACGCCCACCGAGUGGUCGACUUGGCGGGUUACAGAGCCGGCUGGUACGACAAAGAGGCUCGGGAGCGCCAGGCGGCCCAGUGCCCCCAGCACCCGGGCGAAGCUCUCCGCUUCCUCUGCCAAGCCUGCUCCCAGCUCCUCUGCAGAGAGUGUCGCCUGGGUCCCCACCUGGACCACCCCUGCCUGCCCUUGGCCGAAGCAGUGCGUGCCCGGAAGCCGGGCCUCGAGGAGCUGUUGGCGGGUGUGGACAGCCGCCUGGUGGAAUUUGAGGCCACCCGGAUGAUGGAGAAGGAAGCGCUGGUCCAGCUGCGAGAGCAGGCGGCGAAGGUGGGGUCGCAGGUGGAGGAGGCAGCCGAGGGCCUGGCCAGGACCCUCCUGGCCCAGAAGCAGGAGGUGCUGGGCCAGCUGCGGGCCCAUGUGGAAGCCGUGGAGGAAGCGACCCGGGAGAGGCUGGCCAAGAUCGAGAGCCAGGAGCAGGUGGCCAAGGCCGCAGCCGCCUUCGCCCGGCGGGUGCUCAGCCUGGGUCUCGAGGCCGAGAUCCUGUCGCUGGAGGGAGCCAUCACCAAGAGGCUCCAACAGCUACAAGGCUGCCCCUGGACCCCCGCCUUGGCCCCCUGCUUGCUCCCCCAGCUGGAGCUCCAGCCUGCCCUCCUAGACAAGGACUGCCGCCUGCUGUGGCUCUCCUUUGAGGAGCCGCAGUCCCAGGAUGACGGCGGGACCCUUGAAGCCGGGGUCCAAGGAAGAGACGAAGCCCAAAGCCGUAGUGGAGAGGAUAGCGCCGAGACGGAGAGGCUGAACGGAGUCCGGCCCCCGUGUAAGGACGGGGCCUCAAUGUCCAAAGAAAACAAAACCCAGAUGCCCCAAGAAGCUGAAGCCCAUACCCCAAAAGGGAGCAGAGCCCAGACACCCCAAGAAGAUGGAGACCCUCCGAUGGAAAGGGGAAGCAGGUCUAACAAGAAGAAAAAGUUCAAAGGUAGGAGCAAGUCCAUUUCUCGUGAGCCUAGUCCCAUCCUGAGGCCAAAUCUAGAAGGUUCUGGCCUCCUCCCCAGGCCUGUCUUCUCCUGGAGCUUUCCCAUCCGGAUGCCUGGGGAGAGGUGGUCUCCCCGGAUCACUGGGCUCUGUCCUUUCGGCCCCAGGGAGAUCCUGGUAGCAGACGAGCAGAACAGGGCCCUGAAACGCUUCUCCCUCAAUGGCGACUACAAGGGUACCGUGCCAGUGCCCGAAGGCUGCGCCCCAUGCAGCGUGGCCGCUCUGCAAGAUGCGGUGGCCUUCUCAGCAAACGCCCGGCUGUAUCUGAUAAAUCCCAAAGGCGAAGUGCAGUGGCGCCGGGCCCUGAGCCUCACCCAGUCCAGCCACGCUGUGGCUGCGAUGCCAAGCGGAGACCGGGUGGCCGUCAGCGUGGCGGGCCACGUGGAGGUGUACAAGAAGGAAGGCAGCCUAGCCACCAGGUUCAUCCCCGGAGGCAAGGCCAGCCGGGGCCAGCGGGCGAUAGUGUUCCUGACCACCAGCCCCCAGGGCAAUUUUGUGGGGUCAGAUUGGCAGCAAAACAGCUUGGUCAUCUGUGACGGGUUGGGCCAGGUGAUUGGGGAGUACAAGGGGUCAGGUUUGCACGGCUGCCAGCCAGGCUCUGUGUCGGUGGAUAAGAUGGGCUACAUCUUCCUGACCCUUCGAGAGGUCAACAAGGUGGUGAUCCUGGACCCCAGUGGGUCACUCCUUGGUGACUUUCUCACAGCCUACCAUGGUCUGGAAAAGCCCCGGGUGACCACCAUGGUGGAUGGCAGGUACCUGGUGGUGUCUCUCAGCAACGGGACCAUUCAUGUUUUUCGGGUCCGUUCUCCUGACACUUAGAGGGGUCAGCGGG